CAUAAAAAAUUUAGUAAAACAUCGAAAUUUGAAUUAAAAAAUUUGCCACCAGUCGUACUCUGCUCUGCUAAAGUUCUAUGCAACCAAGAACAACAUGUGCAGAUAUGCAGAUCCUCCUCACAAACCAAUCAGAGUUCUGCAGAAGUCAGAACCGCGAAAAUCCGUAGCUAAAGAGCAAACACCACGAAUCCCAAUCAAAUGGGCUCUCCACUCACCGUUCAGCUCUCUGCUCCUCUGCUCUGCUCCUCAUUCCGCUCGAAACCCCAGAAAACCAAAACCCUUUUCAAAAUUCACCCCAAAAAUGGCUCUGGCCACCCCUACCACUUUUGGGUUCAGCAGUCUGCUCGAGACGUUCACGUUGAACGUGCAGAGAGCAGAGAAUCGGCCGCUUAACGUGCCGCUGACUGCGCCGUUCACGAUUGCGACUUCGCGGCUGGAGAGGGUGGAGAAUGUGGCGGUCCGGGUUGAGUUGAGUAACGGGUGCGUGGGGUGGGGUGAAACUCCGAUUUUUCCCUUUGUAACUGCAGAGGAUCAGCAUACUGCCAUGGUCAAGGCUAAGGAAGCUUGCGAGUUCUUGCUUCGAAGUCCGGCGAUGACGUUGGGUUCGGUUUUGGGGGAGAUUGGUGGAAUUCUUCCUGGACAUGAGUUUGCUUCUGUUAGGGCAGGAGUUGAGAUGGCGUUAAUUGAUGCAGUUUCUAUGAGUAUCGGUGUCCCUUUGUGGAGACUGUUUGGUGGAGCUUCAAACACCAUAACUACUGAUAUAACAAUUCCGAUUGUUUCUGCAGCAGAAGCUGCUACAUUGGCUUCAAAGUACCGUGAAGAAGGAUUUAAAACUUUAAAGCUUAAGGUGGGAAAGAAUUUGAAUUCAGACAUAGAAGUCCUUCAAGCUAUACGUGUUGUUCACCCCGAUUGCUAUUUUAUCUUGGAUGCUAACGAAGGAUAUGACUCCAACGAAGCUAUCCAAGUUCUUGAUAAAUUACAUGAGGUGGGCGUGAGUCCUCUUCUCUUCGAACAACCGGUCCAUAGAGAUGAUUGGAAAGGCCUCAGAAAUGUUUACCGCGUUGCGAAAGACAAAUAUGGAGUAUCAGUUGCAGCUGAUGAGAGCUGUCGAAGUUUAGCUGAUGUUAAGAAAAUAGUGGAAGAAAAUCUUGCCGAUGUAAUUAACAUUAAACUUGCUAAAGUUGGGUUUCUUCGAGCCCUUGAAAUCAUCGAGUUAGCAAGGGCAGCGGGAUUGAAUUUGAUGAUUGGUGGUAUGGUUGAGACUAGACUGGCCAUGGGUUUUGCUGGCCAUCUUGCUGCUGGCAUGGGGUGCUUUAAGUUUGUUGACCUAGACACGCCCUUGCUGUUAUCGGAAGAUCCGGUUCUGGAGGGUUACGAAGUUUCGGGUGCAGUUUAUAAGUUCAGAAAUGCUAGAGGCCAUGGUGGAUUUCUGCACUGGGACAAUAUUGCUUGACGAAGCUUGCAACUCAACAAUUUGAACUCCGAGCAGCAUCUGAUGGCGGAGAAAAAGCUCCCCGGAAUGGAGCUUCAUCAAAUACUGUCGUAUUUUUUCAGAUGAAACAUUUGAAUUCAUAGACCACAACAGCAUUCGGCAUUGCAAAUUUCCACGCAUUGUAAAUAAUUGCUUAGCUGAUUGAUCUGUGUAAGUAGGCAAUGUGGAUCCAUUUUUGAGUCUA